GUGUGACUGUCACGUGACGGAAGCCCCGGAGGAUGCUGGGAGACGUCGCAGAUCUCGCGAGUACCGUAGCCGCCGCCAGGCGCUGUGGUGACACUUCCGCGUUGCAGGGAGAGCUGAGGUGACAGCAGGCCCGGGGGGAGAGCGGUGGCCGGGCACAGAGCGGAGAGGGCGGUGGGGUGAGUGGGCCCGGUAUAAGGGCUGAGUGAGCUGUCAGGUCCCAGUAGAGUGUGAGCUGGGUGUGAGUGAGGGAGGGUAAGGUAGUAAAUGGCAGGUAGGUCUGAGUGAGGGUGAGUAGGGGAUAGCCUCUGAGUAGCUUGCAGGCCUAGAGUAAAGGCUGAGUAGGGUGUGGGCCCAGCGUUUAAGUGGCCAUCUGAGUAAGUGACCAAGUGAGGGCAGAGUAGCGGGUGGGCUCUGAGUGAGGGUCCGAAUAGCAAGUGGGCUCUGAGUGAGGGUCCGAAUAGCAAGUGGGCUCUGAGUGAGUGGCAGUUGGGCACAGAGUGAGGGCUGAGUAGCAAGUGGACUUGGAGGUGAGGGUCCGAGUGGCAGUUGGGCUCAGAGUGAGGGCUGAGUAGCAGGUGGACUUGGAGGUGAGUGAGGGGCAGAGUAGUGAGUGGACGCAGAGUAAGGGGCCAAAAGGUGGGCUUGGGCUGAGGGGCCGAGUAGUGAGUGAGUGAGGGGCUUAAUAGCGGGUGGGCUCGGAGUGAAGGGCUUAGUACCGGCUGGGCUCGGAGUGAGGGGCCGAGUAGCAGGUGGGGUGGUUUCUCUGGGUCAGAUAGCGAGGAGACGUGACGUGCUCAGUGUGUUAUGUCAGUGCUUGGUUUGCAGGAAGCACCUAUGAGUGGUAGUUAUGGCGGGGGUGUGAUUUUAGCCCCUCUACCUCGCAACGUGCUCAGACAGAGAUGAUUUCUGACCCCGGGAUCUGAAUACUCCCGACCACCGAGACUUACUUUGCCUUGGAGUGUAAUAUAACCAGCGUUCCAGAUGUGGCUACAGCAGAGACUCAAGGUGUUCCCGGGACUGCUGUCCAGUAGCUGGGCACGGCGAGUGCUUGCCGUCCUGGGAUUCUUUCUCAUAAUAUACUGGUUUAUUUCCUCUGGAUCCAUCUACAGAUCCCUGUGGCAUUCAGGUCAGCCAUGGGGUGCUUCUGGGAUUUGCCUGCAGACCCAGACUAAGCAAUGGAAAACACUGUCCGACAAGGGGGACCUAAUGCUGGUAGCCUACCCAGGAGAAGAGACAAGAUUACAGGGUCCGGCCAUGGUCGGCAAUGGAUAUAUUCUUGUUGACGUCGGCAGAAAUAAUUUGUGGGUGUCUUCUCAGUCGGUUCCAUUUCACGUGACGGACUAUUCCCCUUUGAUGUUUGUAAAGAACCUGGGCGCAGAAGCAGAAGUCCACGCUACCGCCGUUGUGCUUAGGGAAGGCGUGAUACGGACAGUUCGUUGCUUGAAGAUUGCGGCGACCGACUCUGCACGUGAUUGCGUCUUUGUUCGCGAAGACUAUUUUACACACAAAAGCCGGCCUCAUGUCUUCGUGCAGAGAAUUCAUGUGUCAAAUCCCAGUGACAGAGCUGCUGCUUUUGACAUCACAACUCAGAAGACAUUCAACGGAGCCAAGUUUUCCACCAGCGUGGAGAAGGUUCAAGACCGACAGUUCCUUCUCUUUUCCGGCCGGGUGUCCAUAGAGGACGGUAAAAGUAUUCUGGUCGUGGUUGCCACAAAAAAACUGGUUAAUCGGGUGCAGGUCAACGCCAAAUCAGAGUUUGAUGAAACGGUGUUCUCCGUCAUCUAUACGUCUGAACCGAUUGACUCGGGAAAGCUGGAGGAAAGUUUCAGUAAGUUACGAGAGUGGGCUAAGAAGGAGAUGGUGGAGGUGAUGCGUAUGAGGCCCGACGACCUGUUUAACGAGCAUCAGCAGAUUUGGUCGGACCUGUUUGUUUCAGGUAUUGAGAUGGGAAAGAUGAAGGACGCACAUACUCCAUCCAGCGACACCAUCAAUAUGACGCUGUACUACAUACUGUCCUGUGCUCCGGCUCCGCUGGUAGAUCCUCUUAUAAGCAACGAGGAGCGGGAGAAGAUGGAGCUGACUCUGAAUUACGCUGACCACUGUUUCAGCGGCCACUCCAGCAUGCAUGCCGAGAAUCUGUGGCCUAGCAAGCUGAGUGGGGUUCCGCAGCUCCUGCAACUGUGGGACUUGUGGAAACUGACUCUGCAGAAGAGAGCCUGCAAGAGUCUGGUGUUGGCUGGGGCACACGGCCUUAUGCAGGCAAUGAUGCUGAGCUUCGGAGGUCUGCAGUUCACGGAGAACCACCUGCAGUUCCAGUCUGACCCACACGUCCUUCACAACAGCUACUCUCUACGAGGGAUCCAUUAUAACAAAGAUCUGAUCAACUUGGCCGUCCUGCUUGACCAAGAUGAGAAGCCAUUUCUCCAUGUCUCGGUAAAGUUCCAAGACAAGGUGGUGAAGCUCUACGCCUGUGAAGCAGGGUGCUUACACGAGCCGGUGGAGUUGACGUCGGAAGUCCGAGGGCACACGUUCCCCGUGCUUGUGACCCAGCCUUUGACGCCGUUGCUGUACAUCUCCACAGAGCUGACACAUUUGCAGGACUUGAGGCACACCCUGCACCUGAAGGAGAUACUGGCACAUGAAGAACACAUGGCCAAGCAGUACCCAGGACUGCCCUUCCUCUUCUGGUUCAGUGUGGCCUCCCUCAUCACCCUCUUCCACCUCUUCCUGUUUAAACUCAUCUACAAUGAGUACUGUGGGCCGGGGGCCAAACCGCUCUUCAGGAGUAAGGAAAGUGACAUUGUCUGAGAGGAAAUAAUGAGUCUUCUUCAUAUGCAAAAAUCCCAUCCAACCAGAAGAGACCCAUCCGCUGCUGGACCCGUAGCCUCCGUAAUGGAGUCCGGACGUUAGCUGACGCAAAGUGUUUCUUGCCGUUGCAGUUGUUUCAUCUUAUGUUAGUGUUUUGCUUUCUGCAAUGUGAUGAAUCAUUAACAACGUCUUGAUUCUUACCUCUGACCCGUCACCUGCUCACGGUUGUGUGCCGAACCAGAUACCGCGCAAAAGCUGCCCAUCGGUUCACAAGGUGCGGCGGCGCUGUGCGCUCAGUCCUGGUGCAUUCGUCCGCUGUAUAUUGGUGCGGCACACGCCAUGGCUUCUCCCGCUGCAUGUAGGGUAACGUGUGUUUUUAAUUUAUUUUGUGGAUAAUUUAAUCACCUUGAAAUCAGUCACCCGGGAUUAGAGGUUAUAUAAAUGCCAAGGAUUACUUUAACAAGUGUGUGAUCUAGUUUGAUCUUGCUGCAUAUUAACACUUUCUGUUAAUUGACGAGUGCUACUGUCCAGACUGAAUUUGUAAAUUUCUAUUUAAUUAAAUCUGAUCUUUUCAGUCA